ACCCAUGGAAAUACACAUCAUCGACUGAAUUUGACCGAACUUCAAUCAAAGCAGCGACAAACGCAGUAGCAGCGCAGUUCUAUAUUUUCACAAAUUUCAAUCUAUAAAAACUCAUCAGAAUUGCAGAAGGAAAGUUGUUCCAGAAACCUAGUAUUUUGUAAAACGCAGCAAAUAUGAGUCUUGUCUGGACUUUGAUUGCUACAUUUCUGUACGCAGAAAUUGUCGUAGUUCUGCUCUUGGUUUUGCCUAUAGCCAGUCCAUACAAAUGGAACCGACUCUUCAAAUCGAAGUUUCUAGCGAUGCUGGCACAGCAGGCGCAUCUGUACUUCUUCCUCAUUAUGGGUGUAUUAAUUUUAUUCCUAUUGGAUGCUAUACGUGAAAUGAGGAAGUAUUCGUCCCAUGAAGCUGGCGGUCACGAACAUCUUAAUGUCGAAAUGCAGCACAGCAUGCGUCUCUUCCGUGCACAACGCAACUUUUACAUUUCUGGUUUUGCAAUUUUCCUUGUGUUAGUCAUACGUCGUCUGGUUACGUUGAUCUCUGCGCAAGCAAACUUGUUGGCUCAAAGUGAAGCUUCAAUGAAGCAGGCACAAAGUGCCACCGCAGCUGCCCGCACAUUGAUGGCUGAAAAGAGCACAGAGAAGGCGAAGGAAGCCACUGAGGAUAGUACACUCACUGAGCUCAAUGAAUUGCGUAAGAAAGUACAAGAACUCACAUCUGACUUGAAUCGUGAGAAGAAGGAUAAAGAAGCUUUAAAAUCACAAGCAGAAAGCUUAAACAAGGAGUACGACAGACUUACCGAUGAGUACAGCAAAUUGCAGAAGAAGAUUACCAUCAGCGACAGUAGCAGCGGCAAAGGUGGUGAGAAAGAUGAUUAAACGAACUAAGAAAUCAGUACUCGGUACAGAAAUAUUUAUAACUUAACCAUUAUAAAUAUAUUUUUGCCACCGUGGUACAUGUGCUGCAGCUGACACGUUUUAAGCACUGUCGUUAACAUCUCAAAGAGACUUGAAGUUUGAACUUGUUAAAAUGAAAAGUGAUGAGUUUAUCUAAAUCGAAAAGAAUUAUCUUAAAUAAUGUGGAUUUAUAAUAAUAGUAUAUAUCAAUAUUCAUAUGUACAUUAAAAAUAACAAAGGACUAAUAUUUUUAAA